GGCAAAUCUCCGCAGUCGGCUGCUGUGUGAGGUGCGCACCAUCUAGCUGCCAGAGACAGUCAGGAGGAGAGAGAGAGAGAGGAAAAGAUACAGCACACAGGCGAACACUCAGGAGCAUCAUGGCACCAAUUGGAUUAAAGGCGGUCGUUGGCGAAAAGAUUAUGAAUGAUGUCAUCAAGAAGGUAAAGAAGAAGGGAGAAUGGAAGGCUCUAAUAGUGGACCAGCUUAGCAUGAGGAUGCUAUCAUCCUGCUGCAAAAUGACUGACAUCAUGACAGAGGGUAUCACCAUUGUUGAAGACAUCAACAAACGCAGAGAGCCUCUACCCUCACUAGAGGCGAUUUACCUGAUCACUCCUACUGACAAGUCUGUGCAGACUCUCAUCAAUGACUUCAAAGAUCCUCAUUCUGGGAAAUAUAAAGCGGCUCAUGUGUUCUUUACUGACUCUUGCCCAGAUCCCUUGUUUAAUGAGGUGGUGAAGAGCCGGGCAUCUAAAACCAUUAAAACCCUAAAUGAGAUCAACAUUGCUUUUCUGCCAUACGAGUCCCAGGUUUUCUCUUUGGACAACCCUGACGCCUUUCAGAGUUUCUACAGCCCUCAUAAGACACAGCUGAAGAACCCUGUGAUGGAGCGACUGGCCGAUCAGCUGGCCACACUGUGUGCCACAUUGAAGGAGUAUCCUGCUGUGAGAUACCGAGGGGAGUAUAAAGACAAUGCAACUCUGGCUCAGUUGCUGCAAGACAAGCUGGAUGCUUAUAAAGCAGAUGACCCCACGAUGGGAGAGGGUCCAGACAAGGCCCGAUCUCAGCUCAUUAUUCUGGAUCGAGGUUUCGACCCCGUCUCCCCCGUCCUGCAUGAGCUCACCUUUCAGGCUAUGGCUUACGACCUGCUGCCCAUCGAGAAUGAUGUUUACAAGUAUGAGAGCACCGGAGUAGGUGACUCUCGUGAGAAGGAAGUCCUGUUGCAUGAAGACGAUGACCUCUGGGUGGCAUUACGGCACAAACAUAUCGCCGAGGUGUCUCAGGAGGUCACACGAUCCCUGAAGGAAUUCUCAGCCAGUAAACGGAUGAACACUGGGGAGAAGACCACCAUGAGGGACCUGUCCCAAAUGCUCAAGAAGAUGCCACAAUACCAGAAAGAGCUCAGCAAGUACUCGACUCACCUGCAGCUGGCUGAAGACUGCAUGAAGCAUUACCAGGGAACCGUGGACAAGCUGUGCCGUGUAGAACAGGAUCUUGCUAUGGGAACAGACGCAGAGGGUGAAAAGAUUAAAGACCCCAUGAGGGCAAUCGUGCCCAUUUUGCUGGAUGCCAACGUCAGCACAUACGACAAGAUCCGCAUCAUCCUGCUCUACAUUUUCCUCAAAAAUGGAAUCACAGAGGAGAACCUUAACAAGCUGAUCCAACAUGCCCAGAUCCCUCCUGAGGAUAGCGAGAUCAUCACUAAUAUGGCUAACCUGGGUAUCCCCAUCAUCACAGAUUCCACCCUCCGCCGGGGCAAAAAGCUCGAUCGUAAAGAGCGCGUGAGCGAGCAGACCUACCAGCUUUCUCGCUGGACCCCACUGAUCAAGGAUAUCAUGGAGGAUGCUGUUGAAGAUAAGCUGGACACCAAACACUAUCCGUACAUCUCCACACGCUCUUCCUCUUCCUUCAGCACUUCUGCAGUCAGUGCCCGAUAUGGCCACUGGCACAAGAACAAAACCCCUGGAGAGUACCGCACAGGCCCUCGCGUCAUGGUCUUUAUCAUUGGGGGGGCGUCCUUCAGCGAGAUGCGCUGUGCCUAUGAGGUCACACAGGCCAGUGGCAAAUGGGAGGCCAUUGUUGGUUCUACUCACAUGCUCACCCCAACCAAAUUUCUAAUGGACCUGCGGCACCCCGACUUCCGAGAAUCCACUAGGGUGUCCUUUGAGGACCCUGACCCCUCAGACGAGUGAGAAUGAAACAGGGAAGGGAGGGAGACAGAAAUCACACUCUGACAAAGUUCGACCCAUAUCGUCUCCCCCACGAUGCUCCUUGACGCUCUCAAGGCCAUGAACAAACCCGACGAGGAGCCGACAAGUUAAAAACGCAACUUCCACCCCCCAACCCCAUGUCUCAGUUACUGUACCUUUCUUCUCCCAUAACCCCAGAUGUCUCACCCGCUCCUAUAUAAAUUGUGUAUGCAUCUUGCUUGAGAGGAAAAAAAAUGAUCGGUGAAGUUAUAAAGUCUAUAAAUACUAUUUAUAUAUAGUAUAUUGAAAUUAAAGAAUCAUUACAAGUAUUCUUCUGUUUAACAAUGGAUGCAAAUGAAUACUUUAUCGAAAUGAGUUUUCAUUUAUAAUUGCCAUUUAAAACCUUAAAAGUACCAAAUGUUAUAUUGUAUGUUAUGGAACCUGCUAGAAUGUGUAAAUGGUAGAUCAUUUUGCGUUUGUUUAUUUAACUCGGUGUGUUUUUUAAUAGUUUGAUGGUGGGUUGGGGAGGGACUGGUUAAUAUGCAAAAUGAACCAGUGAGGUAAAAUAACGCAUAUCAUUUCAUAAGCUGAUGGACCAGUUAAAAAACAUAUGGGGGGGUUAGGUGUUGUCUCCUUUUAGAUGUGCAUGCCACGGACGCUACUAUGUGGCCCCUUUUGACAUGUUUAAAAUACUGAAAAAAAUAAAAAACGUGUAAAAUGAAACAAGAAUGAAACUAUCGUCUGGGACUCCAGUGGUGAAGAAGCCAAAAAAGGAGUAAAAGUGAAAUGGACAUUGUACAUAGAUAGCGGACGUCAACCCCACCACAAUUCUGGGAGAAUUUACUCUUUUACUUUUGUGUCUCCUUCCAUAAUUUAAUGUCAAGAAGGCCAUUGCUUGCAAAUGUUUAAGGAAUUAAAAAAAAGGGCCAGUUGUAUUUCAGUAUUGUAUCUCGUCUGAUUAAGUCCUAUCCUUGGUUAGUAACAAUGUUUAACCGGGCCAUGCACUGAGUAGCGUGUUGUUGUAUAUGCCAUAUGUUACCGUUUUUCGUCUCACUGUUGACUGGUGCAAAUUUCUGACUGUGAAAUAGUAAAACAUUUCUUUGCCAAUGUGAAGCCGAUGUGUUUGUGAUGUGUUAGUUGUAGCUGUAGUGAUAGAC